AUGGAGUUCAGGGUUCCACCUGAAUUAAGGGGUUAUUGUGAUGCCAAUGCAAGUAACAAGUCAAAGCGAAGCUGGGAAGACAUUUGUGCUUUUAAAGUUUUCCCUUUCAAAUGCCAAACAUUUCUACAGCUAUUUGAACUUGAAGACGAGUACAUUCAGAGAGAGAUAAGAAAGCCUCCCAAGCAAACUACUUGUAAUUAUAAAACAGGAUGGUUCUCAGAAGCGCUGCUUGAUAAUCUGAGGCUCCGUGUAGCUGUGAGGUUUGUAUCUGUGUUUCCUGAGCCAGGUUUCGAAGAUGUAUUUAAAUCUAUUCAAGAUGAGUUUGAGAGGUCAGAGAAGACAAGAAUUCAGAAAGAUUCACUGACAUCUUGCAAACCAGAUCACCUCGAAAAAAUUAAAGGUGGGGAAGAUACGAAAAAGAAUAAAAACACAAACAAAGAGAAAGAGGUAUCAGCGGAUGAAGAUGCUGAAGACGUGGAUGAGGAGUACGAGGAACUCGAUGUGGCUGUAGAUGAUGAUGAUGAGAUAUCGUUAAGUUCGCAUGGAUAUGGUGAGAUGGAGAACAACAACUCGAGAACGUAUCUCCAAGGAUUGUUCGAUAGAUUUCCAAGCAGCAAACCAGCCUUGGAUGGUACUGAUAGCGAUGGAGAGUAUCAGAUCUACGAGCAAGAAUCAAACGCUUUGGAUGAUGAUGACGAAGAUGAUGGUGACGAUGAUGAUGAAUGA